CAUUGAAGAAAUCUUAGAGCAAAUCAAAUUUUUGGCAUCAAAAGCAAUUCUAAAUUAUGUAGGGUGUCAUUUAGCCAGAGUAGUAAUAAUAAAUCUAAAAAAUAUUAGCGUAAUUUAAGGUUGUAAUAACAAGAUGUCUGACUUUUCCACAACAACACACAAUGAAUACCAAUGGCCAUUUCCGAAACCCGUCAUAGGAAAGCCAUGUGAACCACCAACUCCAUCAGCGGCACCGACAGUCAGACCAGCCCCGGUGGCUCCUUACUGCCACUGUGACGCGCAUUCUUAUUCGCCGCGAGUGGAACAGUACAAGCAGUUGCUGGAGAAGGAACAGAAACUAUGCCAAGAUUAUGAACAGCUGAGGAGACAGAUGGUGGAUGUCACCAACGACAUACUGGACCAUCCGUGCGAUGAUUUAGACAGCAAAAUGAUAACAAUGUAUCAAGCCACGUACAAAAAGAGAUCGUUCCCAGUAUCAGACUACCGCACCAUCAUGGCGGCCGCGCAAUCCCCCGCUCCGAUUCCCAUGGAGAGCAACCGACUGGGCAUGUUAAGAUGCUACAAAGAUCCCACGCACUUUAGCGAGAAUCCACCCACAGUCCGACCCACGAUCAACCCUCCAGGGCCAGUCCACACCGGAGUCGCUCCCAAGUCAAUACAAACUUGGUUCACGGACUUCCCGGGUCGUACGGAGUAUAUGGACACUUACAGCGCUUCGGCUAAAGCUUGCUUCCGUUCGAUGCAGCGCUUCAAAGAACCAAUGCCGUCCACUAGGCGAAGAGCUGAUGAUCCUUGUGUGUGAUGU